UUUGCCAUUUGGAGUGAAUGCAUUUCUUUACCAAGGUAUCCGAGGAGGAGCUGGAACCACUGCCCCCAACUGACUGGGAGGGAGGACACUUUUGUCAACAUGUGGGUGUUUUUGUUCUCUUCUAUUUCAGCUGUGUUCUGAUCGUCCUGGCGUCCUACAGCUCAUUGCUACAGAUUUACAAUGGUAUUCGCAGAAUUGUAAAGAGUUGCAGGAAGACUCAAUCAGUGGAAUGUGAGUCAAGUGCUCCACAAGGCUUUUUGCUGUUCCGCCUUCUGGCUGCAUUGAAGAGGAAGCUGGGAAGUAUGCUGGGAGCUGUCUUCAGCCUACGGUUCAAUAGGAAGGCACACCGAAGGGUACACUACUCACUGGAGCGGAUGGUACCGAGAGCUAAGAAGCGACUGAAGCACAGGAGGUCCAGCAGGCAUUACAAGAGGCACCGGAUUCAGUACUUGCACUCAGCCAGUGGUGAGAUCCUGUGUUACAUCCCACACAAAAUGGUAGCCUACCCAUACGCUGCUGAGAUCUCAACAGGUGUCCACAAGUAUGGGGACUUCAACCUCAUAGACCUGUGGAACUCCAGCUAUUGCAGGUCUGGCUAUAAGUGUGUGCGGUCAGUAAGAGAUAAAGGCUUGAGGCGAUCAGUUAACAUAGCCAACUUCGAAAAUAGACUCGAAAUGAGACCCAGACUGCUGUCUUCAAAUUACAGCUACAAAAGAAUCCAUUUCACCGAAAGCAAUGAUAUUAGAACCCCACCCCCCGCUUGCUACCAGCAAAAUAAAACCUGGGGUGUUGGAGGGGAUGGGCAACCAGAGUGGCGAAGGUAAACAGA